CUGAUCCCUCUUUGGCCGUGAGUUACCGGAUCCGUCUCCAAAUGUUGACUCAUCAACGAAGUAUUUUGAAAGUGAAAGGACAGUUGAAACCACUCAAAAUGUGGCACCGUUAUUGGUAGUUCGAAAACAAAUGUGCCUCGCUUUUGCGACAUUCUCACACAUUGAGUGAAACCUCUCAGUGCCACAUGUGACAUUCUGUCUGUCAUUUGGGAUAUUCAUCUUGAAGUGAAUGCAUCAUCGUGUUUGUUUCGUCUGUGAUGUAAUGUUCAACUUCAUUUGAGGACCGAGAAUAACCUGCAGGGGGUACGCAAGCAAGUCAAGCCUUGCGAUAAAAGUCGUUGGAUUCAAACUCAACAAAAAGAAACAAACAAUUGUCCUUUUACUCAUCAGGGGACGCCUCCCGUGAAAAAACUGGAGCCAUUUUCUCAAGUGCCACAUACCUAAAUUGAAUUGAUUUGAAAAGGUUCGACUGCGUGGGAAAUGUGGUAUUAGAAAUGUCUUCUGAACACGGAUUUCUUCAGCCUAAUCCGGCUUUAUUCGAUUUGGAACAAAGAAAAAGGAAGCCAAGAUUGGCUCACGAAUUGGGUGAAGGCGCCCAAUGCGCCAAGUGUGGCGAUAGCUGUCCCGGAUUCCAGCUCCACUUUUGGCGGAAAGUUUGCAUCAAUUGCCGAUGUGGCAAAGCCGAGCAUCAUGUUGUGGAUCAUCAAGAUCCAGGUUUCUACUUCGUGGGUAAAAUCUUUGACAGGCCUCUCCGAAGUUAUGAAGAGGAAUUGGAAUUCUGUUAUGGAACAGAGGAAGGGAACAUCCACGGUCACAACCAGAUGCUUGGAAAAGAGCGUAAAGUCAAAUUUGAUUGGGUACCUCCGAAUAUCUCCAAAACAUUGGCCAAGAAAUAUUUGGAUACCCUGCCAAUGAGUGCUCUCCCCAUUGCCGGAAGCGAAGGGGCUCAACUGAGAAAGCAACAACUGGAGAAACAAUUCCCCGUGCACGACAUUGAACCCAAUGAGUGUCAUGAUCUGUCCCCUGGAGAGAUUGAAAACAUGGAAACAUACGUGACCAACGUGAAAGAAAACGUAGUUGGUCAAGGCCAAGUGCUCGAGAUUGGCGGACCUUCGUCAAAUGAUGAUGACUUCCCACCACCUCCUCCUCCGGAGCUUCUAGAAGAACUCUCAUCGCAAUUGGAACGCGAUGCCCAAGUCAGUGGAGAUCCAUGUGGAACAUUUUUCGCCAAACCCCUGGGAGCUCUCUCUGCUUCAGGUCCAAAGCCUUAUGGGUCCACUUCAUCAUCGGUGGGAUCAUCUCGGAAUGGAACACCUUCACCCACGUCGUCUCAAGAAGAAAUGGCUGGGAGGCCGACAAGAAUGCUGAACCUGGCUCGUCCCAGCGAAUUUGGAGUCAAAAAGUCCACCCAACAGAAUGUAUCCAUGGGCAAAUCGAGCCCUCAUAUGGCCGGUGCAUUAGGUAACCCGGGAUCCCAACACCAAAAUCAAGCUCUGAUCACCCCAGUUUCGCCAUCAGACUCAAAUACAAUGAAGCAUUGUCAGUUUUGCAAAUUGCCACUGGUUCUAGGCGACGUGGCCAUUUUCGCUGAGAGAGCUGGUCCCAACAAGUAUUGGCAUUCCAGUUGCUUUCAAUGUCACACUUGCAAGGAACCAUUGGUGGACCUUUUGUAUUAUUACGAAGAUGGGCACGUGUAUUGCGCUCGGGACUACGCUAUUAAGGCCAAAAUUCCCAGAUGUGACGCUUGCGAUGAGCUGAUCUUUGCGGCUGAAUACACCGGGGCCGAAGGUCAGGUGUUCCAUUUGCGUCACUUUUGCUGCUAUGAAUGCGAUCGACCUUUGGCUGGGCACAAAUAUGUCUCGGUCAAAGAGCAGCCCCAUUGUUUGCUCUGCUACCAAAGUAAACACGGCAAGGUCUGUCGGACUUGCGAGCAAUAUAUUGACCCUCAAGAAAAAAGGCUGACCUUAGGUCAGGACCAUUGGCAUGCCAGAGACGAUUGUUUCUGCUGUGGAAUCUGUCAAACUCCUUUGGUGGGCAAGAAGCUGACCAAAAACUACAACCAGAUCCUGUGCAGUUCCAAAUGCAGCCUCGAGGCUAAAAGAAUCUUUGAGAACGAAUCCCAAUCCUUGGUGGCCAAUCGGAGCACUCUCGUUUGAGUUAGUGGCCAUCUCUUAAGUUAACGUGGAUGUUCUCCGAAAUAAAUCGAUUUAUGCAAAUACCAUGGAAAAAUAGAAAUGACAGAAUCAUCA